AUGGAGAAGAAGAAGAAGAAGAGGGUGAUUCUCCCAAUCCUCAUCCUUUUUCUCCUUAUUAGUGUACAAAGAUUCCGGUGUGAAAGUAUCAAACUGGAAAGGGUUCCCUUUGAUAGAGAGUCCAUUAUAGGGUCGUUACCAAACAAAAUAAAAAAAUAUGAGGGGAGUAAAGUCGUACUGGUGAGUAACAUACCAAAUUUGUCAGCAACACAUGGAGAGUUUUUGCGCAUGCUGAACGGGGAGGAGGGUCAUCAUAUAGGGAAGUGUGUUCACCUCGGGGGUGAUGGUGACAGUGAUGCGAUGUUGCCCGAGGACCCCGCCAUCUACGACGGAUUGGUAAUCAUCUUGGAUGUCUUGGACGACCAAGUGGUAGAAUCUCUAACCACCAAGUAUGUGAACAGCUUCAGGGAAAAGAAGAAAAACGUUUUUUUAAGUCUCAAUAGUGUAAACGGCAAAAGCGGGAUUCAGUUAUUAACACAACUGCAUAUUCAGGUGUAUGGAGGUGGAUCCUACGUGAAGGAUCCCUUUGGAAAGGCAUCACAGAAGGGAGUGGAAAUGCCUGAGGGGAGAAUCAACCAGGGGUACGCUUUUUACACAGGAGAAAUAAUACGAGAUACACCAAUCGUUGAUAACCCUUCUGGGGGUAAAAAAAAAAAAUUUUUGCUCUACCAAGGGACAGCACAUGUCAUGAUGGGGAAAACAAAGAACAUUCUCGAAGUGGUAACUUGCACACAGACAUGUCUGGUGUACGAUCAAAAUGGAAAUGUUAUGAAAAAGGCAAAACAGGGGACCAACUUAUCCUUAGUAUCUUCUAAUCAGUGGGACAAUAACUCACGAUGCGUUUUCUCAUCAUCAAGUGAGAUUUUCUCAGAUAUUUUUUUUCACACAAAUGGAGAAAAUAAAAAAUUCGCUCAAGAGGUAGUUGCGUGGAAUUUUAAAAAAAGCGGCAUCAUCCGGUACGAUAAAUUUAAACUGUACAAAGAUGGAGACAAAAAGGAUUACACAGCUGGUGAUUUGUUUGGAGAAAAGCUCAUAGGAGCCACUCCAUUUUUCCCUAACGAUUUUAUUCACCUGUCGAUCGACCUCUACGAACUGAAGAGGAACUUCUGGGUCCCCCUGAAACGAAGAGACAUUCAGUACGAACUCGUCAAAAUGCAAAUUCACAGAAGAGAUUUUUUAAACUUUUACAAAAAUGCAGAGAGUCCAACGUAUUACAAAAGUUUCCAUUUGCCAAAGGAACAUGGUGUGUAUAAAAUAAAAAUAUAUUUCCGCAGAAAAGGCUACAACGUUUUAAAUUUGCAUUUUUUCCUUCCCGUUCGAUCUCCACUGCAUUAUGAUAAAAACAAAAAAGUACACUUUGAGUUUUACCCGUUUUAUACGUACAUUUAUCUUUCUCUUUUUUGUUUUUUUCUUUUCAUAUUGGUCAUUAUGUUUGACGAUUCCAGAGGGCCAGCUGAAGAUCGCGGUGGACAGGGCCACGGCAAGGAAAAAAUGGACUAG